ACCAGUCACGUGACGAUCAACUAUGGCUUCCCUCUCGUAGUGAUGGAGGCGCGUCGUUGACAUCAAAACACGACUGUAACUUAAACUCAUUUAUUUGCCCACUGGACAUAUUUUGGAUUCACGAUGCAGAAGAUCAAGUCUCUUAUGGCCCGGCAGGGUCUGAAAAGCCCCCAAGAGAGCAUGGCAGACCUCAGUCCUGUGGAGAACCUGAGGAUCCCGAGCAAGGAGGAGUUGCGGGAGCUGAGGGAGCAGCCGAUUGACCCUCAGGCGGAGCAGGAGAUCAUCGACAGCAUCGAGGAGGUCUACUUCUCCAACGACUCCUUUGACAUGGUGCAGCACGAGCUGGAGAAACUCCCACCUGAGCUGAACCUGCAGGAGCUGGAGGAGUAUAGAGACAAGCUGAAGAGACAACAGGCUGCAGUUUCUAAAAAGGUUGCAGAUCUCAUUCUGGAGAAACAGCCUGCCUAUGUCAAGGAACUUGAGAGAGUGACAGCAUUACAGACCAACCUGCAGCUGGCAGCUGUCAUUUGCACUAAUGCGAGGAGGCAACUGAGUGUGGCAAAGGAAGGAUUCACAGAGGCCAGCCUGGGCCUAUUGGCCAAUCAGAGAAGACGACAACUGCUGACAAGCCUGCUUAAGUCGCUGAGGACCAUCAAGACGCUGCAAAGAACAGAUGUAAGACUCAGCGAGAUGCUUGAGGAGGAAGAUUAUCCAGGUGCUAUCCAGCUCUGUCUGGAAUGCCAGAAGGCUGCCAGCACCUUCAAACACUACAGCUGCAUCAGCGAAUUGAAUUCCAAACUACAAGACACUCUGGAGCAAAUAGAGGAGCAGCUUGAUGUCGCCCUGUCGAAGACUUGUAAGCACUUUGAUGUUGCGCACUACACCAAGGUCCAGCUGGCCUACACACUCCUGGGCAAGACACAGACUGCUAUGGACCAGCUGCACAUGCACUUCACCCAGGCCAUCCACAACACUGUGUUCCAAGUGGUGCUGGGAUACGUGGAGCUGUGUGCCGGCAAUGCUGAUACAAAGUUCCAGAAAAUGCAGUACAAGGACCUUUGCACGCAUAUCACCCCAGACAGUUACAUUCCCUGCCUGACAGACCUGUGCAAGGCAUUGUGGGAGGUGAUGCUGAGCUACCACCGCACCAUGCAGUGGCAUGAAGAGCAUGACAAAUUGGAGACCACACCCACUCCAGAUGGUGCAGUGGCAGCAGAGUCUGAUGAGUUGGGAGUGGACCGCAGCUAUGUGAAGAAGAAACUGGAGCAUGGACUGACACGGAUCUGGCAGGAUGUCCAGUUGAAAGUGAAGGCGUACAUCUUGGGGACAGACAUGUCUAACUUCAAGUACGACGACUUCAUAGUGGUGCUGGAUGUCAUCAGCAGGUUGAUGCAGGUGGGUGAGGAAUUCUGCGGCAGUAAGUCGGAGGUCCUGCAGGAGUCUAUCAAACGGCAGAGUAUCAACUACUUUAAAAACUAUCACAGGGCACGACUGGAAGAGCUGAGAAUGUUUCUGGAAAAUGAGACGUGGGAACUUUGUCCAGUCAAGUCUAACUUUAACAUCGCUCAGCUUCAUGAGUUUAAGUUCAUGGGCCAGUGCCGCUCCCCAUCCGUUUCCCCGAGCAGACAGGCUGUGACAUCGACCAGCCAGGCCCAGGAGGAGGUGUCUCUCUUCCAGCAGUAUCUUCAGGAGGGAAACCCCUUUGAAAUGCACAUUGAGCACAAAGAAGAGGAGACAGAGGAUGUGCUUGCAUCUAACGGGUAUGAAUCCGACGAGCUGGAGAAGAGUGUGUAUCAGGAUUACGACAGUGACAGUGAUGUCCCUGAGGAACUCAAGCAGGACUACGUGGAUGAGCAGACGGGUGAUGCCCCCCUCAAGAGCGUGUCCCGAGAGACUAUGAGAAGCAAGAAAAAGUCAGACUACAACCUUAACAAGACCAACGCACCAAUCCUCACCAACACCACCCUCAACGUCAUCCGCCUUGUCGGGAAGUACAUGCAGAUGAUGAACAUUCUGAAGCCAAUCGCCUUCGAUGUCAUCCACUGUGUGUCCCAGCUUUUCGACUACUACCUGUAUGCUGUAUACACCUUCUUUGGACGCAAUGACAUGCCUGUCCCAAGCCCGUCUUUGCCAGCUCAUGGUGGCAGAGAGGCGGGCCCUGCCAGGGUGGUGGGCCCUGCAUGCUUGUAUGAGUCAUCGGGUCUGGGCCUUAUCAGCAGCAGACUGAGAACCACACUGAACCGGAUCCAGGAGAGUCUCAUUGACAUGGAGGCAGUGGGGGAAAAUGCAGGUGUGCACGGCCCCACAGAGGACAGGAAGGAGAAGGUGCCCAGCCCCCAUCUCAGCCAACUGGUUGUCCUCACUAACAGUGGGACUCUUUAUGGGCUGGCACAGAGAGUGGUGGCCACAGAGUCUCUUGUGUUUUUGGCCGAACAGUUUGAGUCCCUUCAAUCCCACCUGGACACAAUGAUGCCUGCAGCCAAGAAGCCCUUCCUGCAACAGUUUUAUUCCCAGACGGUGUCUACAGCCAGUGAACUGCGGAAACCAAUAUACUGGAUUGUGGCAGCCAAGGCCAUCGACUACGAACAAAUGUUGCUCAUGAUGGCUGGAGUUAAAUGGGACAUUAGGGAGAUAAUGUCACAGCACAAUGUAUACGUGGACGUCCUGUUAAAGGAGUUCGAGCAGUUUAACAAGCGACUGGGUGAUGUUUCCAGACAUGUGCGAAUCCCGCUGCCUGUGUCUAACGUGCUGUGGGAGCACUGCAUUCGCUUGGCCAACAGGACUCUUGUCGAGGGCUACGCUAAUGUGAAGAAAUGCAGCAAUGAGGGCCGGGCCCUGAUGCAGCUGGACUUCCAGCAGUUCCUGAUGAAGCUGGAGAAGCUGACCGACCUGCGGCCAAUCCCCGAUAAGGAGUUUGUUGAGACCUACAUCAAGGCCUACUACCUGACAGAGAACGAUAUGGAGCAGUUCAUCAAGAAUCACAGGGAGUACUCCAUGAAGCAGCUGGCCAACUUGGUGAACGUUUGCCUGGGUUCACAUAUAAACAAGAAGGCCCGCCAGAAACUUCUGGCAGCCAUUGAUGACAUUGACAGACCCAAGAGAUAGACUAAUGGAGAGACCACCAAACGUUUCAGCCAGCCCACAGAGAUGGACACUCCAACAGAGGAACUCCCAUAGCUACACUCAAGGUGGAGCUCAGCGUAGAAUGUCUUCAUUUUCAGUUUAGAAAAUACACACAGAAGUUGAGGUGUGUUCAAUGAGCUGCACACAGUACAUACAGUAGUAGUAGUUACUGUAUACAACGAUUUAAAGCUCAAAUGUUAGCCUAAUGCUAAUUUACGGUUAAUCUGCAGUCCUCAUAUGGUCAAAAACUGCCACUUGUUGAAUGCACCUCAAGACACGAUGAUGUACGUAAAUACUAAAACUCUAUUUCACACUCAAGCAUGCUGCAGUUACUCCAUUCAUAGAUGUACCAUAAUGCAUGCCCUCACAUUUCCAUGUAACAAACAUGCCGCUUACAAAGUUUUUCUGCAAACUGUCUGCAACCACAAUAUCAUAACCUCUUCAGUGCCCAUAAGAAACAGAAAUUCAUUUUUUUUUUGUUUUCAGAUAAACUGCUAGAAAUACAUCUAACAGUGUAGUGUGCAUUUGACCAUGUGGCUGUUUGGCAUUCCAUCUGUUUUUAUCAUGUGCUUAUACAACUCUUACCUUGAGAUAAAAAAUAAUAAUAAUAAUGAGUGAACAUUUGCUACAGUAAAUUUGAUAGCAGCGUCAUGUUGUUAAGCUUUGUGAUAAAAUGUCCCAAUUACAGAUCCAAGAGAAGUUUUUAGUAGUUAAAAAGCAUCUAUUAUCUAAUGUAAAGCCUUGGUCACAUGAUUGAAUGUGCUCUCUUGAUGGAGAAACAGUAGAUCUGGGUUAUUGUUCACUUUAAUCAUUUAUUAUAUGUUAUUCCAACCCAUGUAUUUGCUGUUUAUUGUUUCACUUCAGGGUAUUUGUUGAGCCUGACUGGAUUCUGUGCUUCUUUGUUUUUGUUUUGUUGUUUUGUCCACGAAUGACAUAAAUCUAAUAUAAUGAUGAUUCUGAAAAUAAUAUAAAUUGCUGUAGUUAGCUAUUUAGAUUGUACCUGCACCAGCUGCAUUUGUUUGUUUUUCAUCUGUCAUAUCUGAGGAGGAAAUUAUUUUUUGCUGUCCUGGGGUGAGUUUUUGUAAGUCUUUGUGAAAAGUGCUUAUCUUGGAAUUCAGUCUCAGGCCUUCUUGUAGAACAGUGAAACGUUGGCUUAUUUUUUAUCAAUUUUGCAGGUUUGUGCAGUCAGGCACUGAUUAUGUGAUUUCUCAUGAGUUAAUAGUUGAACUGUGUCGACUACAAGAGCUUUCCCCCCUCCCCCAGUCAUCUCCAUUAGUUUAACCUGACUAACUCUGCUGACAGGCAGAUUGGAUUAACGUCAAAAGGAAAAAAAUGAAGUUACAGUUUUCGAUACUGCUUCAUGUUUUGUGUGCAACUAUUCCAAGAAGAAUACUGUAAAUGUGAAUGUUUUGAGCAAUGUCUGUAUUUAUUUCUUGCUUUGUGUCUUGUUUGGGUUUUUAUAUAAUUACUGGAAGUGUGCUGUCAUUUAUCACCUCUCGGUAUCGUGUAACUUAUCAACUGAGGCAAAUGCAAAUAUUUAAACAUUGUCAAAAUGAUGUUAAGGGUCAAGUGCACUAUAGUGAAAAUCAGUAAUCAGUGUUGGAAUUGUAGGUUGAACCAAAAUGAUUCUAACAUAAUAAACACACUAACCAACUACA